UGUUAAUAUCAACACAAAUUUCUAGAUUUUCAUACCCACGGACUAAAUUCAAAAUUUUUAAAUCAAAUUUCAAUUCUGGCUGAGUAACUCAAAAUGAAUGCGAUCUCAUCCGUGUCGCAUAGUCUUCUGCUGCAGACUUUUGGCAAGUCCUCAAGUCGUCGAAGUGCCGCCACAGGAAGACGCGGAAAUGGUGGAGAGAGUUUAUCGCCAUUCGCCUGCCUUAAACGGGCCACGCCCACGGAGUUAGACAACCUGGAGCAGGACUACCAGCUGGAUUCAUCGUCGAAGAAGAUGAAUCUGGCCACUGAGGUAUAUCGAAAUGCGGUUGGCACGCCUCAGUCGUUUCAGGCAGUGAAAAAGGCUGAAAUCAUUAUUGCGUGCGAUGAUUUCCUGUCGAGGGAACCGCUUCCGCCACUGGGGAAUCCAGAGUUCCUACAUGCAGCCACUGAACUGGUCCUCGGAAAGUCUUCUCCAGCACAAGCACAGGGUCGAGUGGUUGGCAUCCAGACGAAAAACAGCAUCGAUGCCCUGGCUCUGGCCGCACAGUUUCUGCGCAAGAAGACGACGCGGGACGUUUGUCUGCUCGCCCGUCCCUGCAACCCCAUCUACUGGAAGCUAUUCAAGGCGGCGGGCUUCAAUUGCCAAAGAUAUCAGUACUACAGCGAUACGAAAGGGGAGCUGAACAUCUACGGACUGGUGGCCGAUCUGAUGACAGCGCCGGACGAGGCAGUGGUCGUCUUGGAUGCAUGUGCGCAGCAUCCCACCGGCCUGGAUCCCAGUGCGGAUGAAUGGAAGCUGCUUCUCCAUAUUGUCAAGUGCAAGAAAAUGCUGCCCCUGAUCCACUUGGAGGCUCCGGGCCUGGCCAGUGGCGAUCCCAAUGAGGAUGCUUGGCCAGUGCGAUACUUUGCCGACUGCGGCAUCGAUUUGCUAUGUGCGCAGUCUUUUGUCAAGAACUUUGGUCUCUACAACGAGACAGUUGGCCAACUGAUGGUGGUGCCUGCAAAUGCCUCCCAAUUGAGUGCGGUUCGGGGACAAUUCGAGUCGAUGCUGCUGGACACCAAUGCCGAGUGCUCGUCGGUGCAUGCUAGCCGAAUCGUAGCCAAGAUUCUUAACGAUGACAAAAUCCGCUCAGAUUGGGGCCAAACCCUAAAGGAAAUGCACCAAAGGGUCUUUCAAGUGCGUACCGAUCUGAGCAAGAAACUAGCAGAACUCAAGACCCCCGGUCACUGGCAGAACCUGGUGGAACAGAGCGGACAUCAUCUGUACUCGAAUCUAAGCCGCUCCCAGAUCCGGCAGCUGAGGGACAGACACAUCUAUGUCCCGAACUCCGGGCGCAUGAACCUCACUUCCGUGCAGCCAUCCAGUCUGGAUAGCUUAGCUGCCGGCAUCAAUGAUGUGGUGCAAGCCACUAAGGGCAACAUCUCCUCGGAUAACUACUUUAUAGCCGAUAAUUUCAACACAAUGCAUCAAUACUUUAACUCUAUCUGAAGUUUGUGCUUGCUAAAUCCGAAACGGGGCCUGCUUCUAAAACUUAAAUAAACAAAUAAGUUGGCAGGAGACAUGCACA